UUGUUAGAAAAAUAAUUAAAUAGAAAAAUUUUAGUUGAAAAUGUCAUGCAACGCGAAAAGUUAAAAUCCUACUUGCGGUGCAUGACGUUUUCGCCAUCAAAGCGAAAAACACCAACGCCAUGACACAAUGGCGGUUGAACUUGGUUAAAAGAUUGUCGUCCAAUUAUAAGGAAUCCGCGAAAAAAAGAAGAAAUAAGUAGAAAUUAAAAUUAUCUGAUGGUCAACGCAGAGACAAUGAGAGAAUGACAAUUUUUUGUAUGCAUUCAGCUGAGACGUCAAAGGCAAUCUUUUCGAACGACGAGCAAUGGUUCCAUCAGCUGAUUGACAUAAAAAUUAAUUCGCUUUGCUUUGACAGAUGAUUAACUGGCGCAGAGAACUCUGGCAACCUUAAAAUAUUUUGUUUUGCUGCUGUUACUUUGUAUAGUGCCAAUCGAUUAAAAAGAAUUUUGACCCGUGGAUUAUGAGGAAUCUGGUCUCGCCAUUAAAAUAAAAACAAACAAAAAAUGGAUAUUGCAUGCACUGUUCUGAACGAAGAAUCUUGUCGCAGCUGCUUACAAAGUUCUGCAGACACCAACUCUCUUGACGACGAAAUAGAAUUCGGAGAUGGUACAUUCAUGUUAAAAAAUGUGUAUGUAAAACUCCUAGCAGCAACAAAUGUUCAAACGUCAACGUUAAUCCAGGAAACGGAUCAAGCUGUACCUGCCCGUAUCUGUACCGAAUGCACUCUUAAGCUGUUAAAUUCAUUUGAUUUUAUUUGUUUAUUAGAACGCUCUGAAACGUUCUUAAAGCAGUAUCAACAAUUGUGUGCUUCAAAAGAAGAAAACUUGUCUUUCGUUGUUACUGAUCAUAAGAAUAAGAAACCCUAUAAUGAGAACGAAGACGAACUAAAAAUUGAAGCACUGGAUUCCGAAUAUAUAUUAGCUGACUAUGAUUAUGAUAAAGAACUUAUAGACGAUGACGACAUUCGAACCGAAGUUGAGUUUUUAGAGGAUAGUAAAAAUAGUGAUUAUAUGGAAGAUGUAGUCGAAUAUCGACCCGAAGAUAUCCGAGAUGUAGCGGAAUAUCUGCCCGAAGACAACGGAGAUGUGGAAAGUAAAGACGAACCAACAGAUGAUUAUAGCCAAGAUAUGAAAUCUGAAUAUACUGAUCAUCUGGAAAAGAAACCUCCACGAUUUGCAAUUGGUUCUCGUUUGGGCACAUUUAAAACAACAAACUGGGUCAAAUGUCCUCAUUGUGAACGUGUGUUUGCUAGAAAUGUGACUUUGGAGAAGCAUAUAAAAGCUGCUCACACAAAUGUACCACCCGAAUGUAUUGCCGCAAUCGCACCAAAACCUACACAAGAUAAACCAAUUAUAUGUGACCAUUGCCCACGUACUUUUGGGCGGCGUUUUGCUUUAGAACGACAUAUGCGAGCUAUGCAUCCGAAUAUAGAAAUUUCUAGCGUGGAACUUGAAAAGGAUAUGAAAUCUUCGGUAUCUGAGAAAUCGAAAAAACCUUACAAGAGAGGUAUUUGUCCCCAUUGUGGACGUAGUUUUGCUCAGGCAAGUUUGGUAAUUCAUAUACGUCGUCAUACUGGCGAAAAGCCAUAUGAAUGUGAUGAAUGUCACAAAGGCUUUCCGCGACGACAAGAUUUAGUCAUACAUAAGAGACAACACUCGGGCGAACGACCUCAUGUAUGCACUAUUUGUGGAAAAUCGUUUAUAAGACCAAAUAAACUUUCACGUCACAUGCGCAUACAUACAGGUCUCCGCCCGUACAAAUGCUCCGAGUGUCCCAAAGCGUUCACACAAUCCAAUGAUUUGCGGAUUCAUAUGCGUCGACAUACGGGGGAAAAACCCUAUAAGUGUAAUAUUUGUAACGAGGGUUUCAUAAGUGGUACCUUUUUGAAAGCACACCGGCUGGCCCAAAACCAUGUAUCACCAGAUGAUGUUGAAGAGGACCCGUACGCGAAGUGUAGAGUAAAUAAAGAAAUUAAGAUUGAGUGAAGUUUCACAACUUGUAAUUCAUACUAAACAUUAAAAAGUUAAAAAUUACAACUGUUUAAGCACGUAAAUUUACUAUUAGUUUUUAAAAUAUAUAUUAUUUACGAACAUGAUAUGGCGUUAUAAUAAAAUAAAUGUAUUCCCAUCUAUUAAUAUCAAACCAAA